GUGGGAGCGCGCGGGAGCGCACGGCGGGGCGCGGCCGACGCUGGGACGCGGCGCACGGAGGGAGGCGGCCGGCGCCCAUGGCGUUCGCGCUGCUGCGGCCCGUCGGCGCGCACGUGCUGUACCCGGACGUGCGGCUGCUGAGCGAGGACGAGGAGAACCGCAGCGAGAGCGACGCGUCGGACCAGUCGUUCGGCUGCUGCGAGGGCCUGGAGGCGGCGCGGCGCGGCCCGGGCCCCGGGGGCGGGCGGCGGGCGGGCGGCGGCGGCGCGGGCCCCGUGGUGGUGGUGCGACAGCGGCAGGCGGCCAACGCGCGGGAGCGGGACCGCACUCAGAGCGUGAACACGGCCUUUACGGCGCUGCGCACGCUCAUCCCCACCGAGCCGGUGGACCGCAAGCUGUCCAAGAUCGAGACGCUGCGCCUGGCGUCCAGCUACAUCGCGCACCUGGCCAACGUGCUGCUGCUGGGCGACUCGGCCGACGACGGGCAGCCGUGCUUCCGCGCCGCCGGCAGUGCCAAGAGCGCCGUCCCCGCCGCCGCCGACGGCGGCCGCCAGCCGCGCUCCAUCUGCACCUUCUGCCUCAGCAACCAGCGCAAGGGGGGUGGCCGUCGUGACCUGGGGGGCAGCUGCUUGAAGGUGAGGGGGGUGGCCCCCCUUCGAGGGCCACGGAGAUGAGCCUGGACCCUGGAGAAGGAGGCCAGGAGCCAGCCACUGGCUGGACAGGGAAGAAGACCCCAGGAGCCAAGCCCACCCCUUCUUUGUGUAGGGACCAGGGGACCAUGGCCUGGGUCCGGGACACUCUGGGCAGGGCCCUCGGGACAUCUCCACCCAAUCCUGGAGAGCUGUGAGGAUCCAUUCAGCCUGCCCAGCUCUGGCUGGUCAGAGACAAGGCAGAACUUUUGGAAAAACAAAGACUGUUGGUGACAGAGGGUGUGUGUGUAUCUGUGCGUGUGAGUGUGUGUGAGAGAGAAUUGGUGAGUUUAAAAUAAAAGCUAUUUUUAAAUAAAA